GGGACAUUUGUCGGCUACUUAAUGUAAAAGAGACAUCAAGACACCAAAAUGAGUCUAACUGGAUGUUUAAUUGACUUCCAAUGUUACACAUUUGCUUUUAAAUUUAAAAGAAGGAAUAAAUCUGGAUUUUCUAAAAAGGUUUGUUGUGUUUUCUGACCCACCUGAUGUCUCGGAGGACGAAUGUGUCUUUUCCAGCUAUAAGAUGCAGUGUGGACCUGAUGAGGACGUGGAGGACUUGUGUCCAGUGUGUGGGGACAAAGUCUCUGGUUACCACUACGGUCUGCUGACCUGUGAGAGCUGUAAGGGAUUUUUCAAAAGAACAGUUCAAAACAACAAGAAGUACAUCUGUGCUGAGCAGCAGGACUGCAGAAUCGACAAAACGCAGAGGAAACGGUGUCCGUAUUGUCGAUUUCAAAAGUGUCUUCAUGUUGGCAUGAGACUGGAAGCAGUCCGACCUGAUCGCAUGAGAGGCGGCAGGAACAAGUUUGGCCCCAUGUACAAGCGUGACCGGGCCCUUAAGCAGCAGAGAAAAGCACUGAUGCAGGCUGCUGGAUUCAGACUACAAAGUCCACCUUUGGCCUCAUCCAGGCAGCCGAGAGAUUACACAUUUCCUGAUCUGCAUCCAGUUCCAGUUCUGCAAAACACGCCACUACAAACAGCACAUGAUGACUGCGUCAGCUUCGACCCCUUCUCACUGUUCACCCUGAUGCCCACCGUCUCACCUGGAGUUGCCCAGUACCCGUACACACCUUUAUCAAACUGGACCAACACGUCAGAGACAUCCAACACCUACAGAGUUUCACUUGCCUCUGGUGUAAGCCAUCGCAUCGACGUCAGACAGCUGUCCUUGGGAUCUGCUUCUCCACAAUUUGGACACAUUAUAUGUUUGAAUGAAUGUCUUUUUUCUGAAAAGGUGUGUGACCAGAUGAAGUUGCUUAAUUCAUGCUGGAGUGAGCUGCUGGUCCUGGACAUCAUAUCUCGGCAGGUCCGGCAUGGAAAAGUAGGCAGUCUGCUUCUCGUCACUGGGCAGGAGGUGGCGCUGUCAGUUAUAACAUCUUGUGCUGGACCUAUUUUAACCGACCUGGUCCAGAGAGGACGGGACUUGACAGAGAAGUUCCAUCUGCUAAAAGUGGAUUGCCAAGAGUUUGCCUGCAUCAAGUUCCUCAUUCUCUUCAACCCAGAUGUGAAACAUCUUGAAGACCAUCAGUUUAUAGAAAGAGUGCAGCAGCAAGUCCAGGGAGCCCUGCUGGAGUACACACUCUGCACAGACUCUCAGUACCUUGGACGGUUUGCCCGUCUGCUAUUGUGCGUGUCUGAACUGCGCUCUCUGAGCCCCCUGCUGGAAGAUUACUUAUACUGCAAACACCUCAGUGCUGAGGUGCCAAACAGCCUGCUCAUUGAGAUGCUGCACGCCAAACGCAGUGGGACGUGAUUAUCUGCAUGUUCACGAACAGAUGAGGAUAUAAGUUUACAUACACAUUCAUUCAAAAUUCCAAACAAAGUUUUUCC